AUGGCAAACAAUUUAACCACUGUGGUUCAAAAUAUAAAACACAACAAUGAAGUCGGAAGCAGUGACAAACCUCCGAUGUUGUUAAAUGUACUUGACUAUCCAGAAUGGAAAGGUCGUUUUGAGAGCUCGACUUUAACAAUUACCAGCUACCUUGCUUUAACCGACGAACAAAGAAAGUAUUAUGAAUGUGAAGAAAAAGCCAUGUCUUUGAUCACAAUGUCUUUGCCACAAUCAAUCCUUCACACGUUUAGUAGGAAAACCUCAUCAAAGGAGAUGUGGGAUAGUCUAAGUGAAAGGUAUGAAGGGAAUGAAUUGUUUAAGAAAAGAAGGCUUGAUCGAAUCAAGACACAGUUUGAGGUGUUUAAGGCCAUGAAAAAUGAAUCUUUAGAUGAUUUGGUCAACAGAUUUUAUCAUCUAUUAAGUGAAUUGGAUCGUAGCCAACCAGGAUUGUAUACUGACUUUGAGAAGGUGGAAAAGUUUCUCAAUUGCUUACCGAAGCAAUGGAACAUGUUUACUACUUUAAUCAAAGAAAGUCCACAAUAUGAAGAAUUUACUCUUGAGCAGGCUAUUCAGAAAAUAAAAGGCUAUGCAUGGACCUUAGAAGAUCAAGAUUCUGAUUUCGAGAAGCUUUAA